UCGGCGGGGGCCAGGCCCGGGCGAGUUGGUUUCGGAGCCGAGGAGGCAGCCCCGCGGCCGCGAGCGCCGAGGAGACAAAGCCGCGUCCGGAGCCCCCCGCGGGGUCGGGCCCGGGCUCCGAGGUGCCCCAGCGGCGGGAGGGCUGUGCGGACCCCGCGCCGUCCCGCCACCACCGCCGCCGCCUCCUCGCAACAGGUCCGCCGCCUCCCGGGGCGGCCUCGCUCCGCGCGCCCCUCCCCCGCCCCGCGACCCCCGGGCGCCGCCGCCGCCGCCGGACUCCGGGCCGCCGCCGGCCGCCCGCUUCGAUGCGGUUCGGGUCCAAAAUGAUGCCGAUGUUUCUUACCGUGUACCUCAGCAACAACGAGCAGCACUUCACCGAAGUCCCCGUGACCCCAGAAACGAUAUGCAGGGACGUGGUGGACCUGUGCAAGGAGCCCGGCGAGAGCGACUGCCAUUUGGCCGAAGUGUGGUGUGGCUCAGAGCGCCCCGUGGCCGAUGGCGAGCGGAUGUUGGACGUCCUGCAGAGGUUCGGGAGCCAGAGGGACGAGGUGCGGUUCUUCCUGCGGCACGAGCGCCCCCCGGGCCGGGACCUGGUGAGUGGACCGCGGCCUCAGGAUCCCACUCUGAAAAGAAACGGCGUGAAGGUGCCGGGGGACCAGCGGCGGAAGGAGAACGGGGUGAACAGCCCUCGCAUGGACCUGACCCUCGCCGAGCUCCAGGAGAUGGCGUCGCGCCAGCAGCAGCAGAUAGAGGCGCAGCAGCAGAUGCUGGCGACGAAGGAGCAGCGCCUGAAGUUUCUGAAGCAGCAGGAUCAGCGGCAGCAGCAGCAGGCCGCCGAGCAGGAGAAGCUCCGGAGGCUGAGAGAGAUCGCGGAGAGCCAGGAGGCGAAGCUGAAGAAGGUGAGGGCGCUCAAAGGCCACGUGGAGCAGAAGAGACUGAGCAACGGGAAGCUCGUGGAGGAGAUUGAGCAGAUGAACAGCCUGUUCCAGCAGAAGCAGAGGCAGCUCGUCCUGGCCAUGUCCAAAGUCGAGGAGCUGACGAGGCAGCUGGAGAUGCUCAAGAACGGCAGGAUCGACGGCCACCAUGACAACCAGUCCGCCGUGGCCGAGCUCGAUCGGCUGUACAAGGAGCUGCAGCUAAGAAACAAGCUGAACCAGGAGCAGAAUGCCAAACUGCAACAGCAGAGGGAGUGCUUGAACAAGCGCAAUUCAGAGGUGGCGCUGAUGGACAAGCGUGUGAACGAGCUGCGGGACCGGCUGUGGAAGAAGAAGGCGGCGCUGCAGCAGAAGGAGAACCUGCCCGUCUCGCCCGAUGGGAACCUGCCUCCGCAAGGCGUGUCGGCGCCGAGUCGCGUGGCGGCCGUCGGCCCCUACAUCCAGUCGUCCACCAUGCCCCGGAUGCCGGCCAGGCCGGAGCUGCUGGUGAAGCCGGCGCUGCCCGACGGGCCCCUGGCCAUGCAGCCGGCGGAGGGGCCCAUGAAGGUGCACACCCUGCCGCACAUGCGGUCCGGGGCCGCCGCCCAAGCCAAAGGCUCUAAGGUCCAUUCCCUUGGCCCCGACUGGAGCUCCCACGCCGACCUCUUCCCAGGCCAGGCCCCCGCCCCCGCCCCGAAAGGCCCCGGGAGCGCCCCGGACCCAGCCGACGACGGGGAGGCCCCGCCCAGGGAGAAGGAGAAGAAGGUGCGGCCCUUCUCCAUGUUCGACACGGUCGACCAGGCGGCCGCACCCCCCGCCUUCGGGUCCCUGAGGAAGAACCAGAGCAGCGAGGACAUCCUGCGGGAUGCGCAGGCCGCAAAUAAAAACGGGAAAGUACCACCUCCCGUCCCAUCAAAACCCAAACAGAUCAGCUUGCCUUAUUAUGGACAAGCCAGCACGUCCCCGCCGGACGCGAAGCCCGACGGGAGCCCCCAGCAGCCGCCCGGCGCCGCGGCGCCCGCGGGAAGCAAGCCCAGGCCCCCGGGGCCGCCGCUGGAGAGCCCGCCGGCCGCGGCCGUGCGGCCCUUCACGCCGCAGCCCGCCAAGGACGCCGGCCUGCCGCCCCUCCGGCGGCCGCAGACCGUGGCGGCCAGCUCCAUCUACUCCAUGUACACCCAGCAGCCGGCGCCCGGGAAGAGCUUCCAGCAGGCCGUGCAGAGCGCCCUGACCAAGGCGCAGCCCCGAGGCCCGCACUUCCCCAGCGUCUACGGCAAGCCCGUGGUCGCUGCCCCGAACCAGCCGCCCCUGGACGGCCUCUACGCCGGUAACCAGGGCAGAGCCGGCGGCCCGGAGCCCGACGCCGAGCCGGCCGCCUCCGGUCCCGAGAGCCACGAGCACGAGAGGAUCCCGCGGCCCCUGAGCCCCACCAAGCUGCUGCCUUUCCUGUCACACCCCUACCGGAACCAGAGCGACGUGGACUUGGAAGCUCUGCGCAAGAAGCUGUCCAACGCCCCCCGGCCCCUGAAGAAGCGGAGCUCCAUCACCGAGCCAGAGGGGCCCAACGGGCCCAACAUCCAGAAGCUGCUGUACCAGAGGACCACCAUCGCUGCCAUGGAGACCAUCUCCGCGCCAUCCUACCCGGCCCCGCCCAGCGCAGUGCCCGCCGGCCCCGAGGGCCCCGCGGAGACCCAGAACCCGUAUGCGCACGCGGAGCCCGAGGAGGCGGCGGUCCCCCUGGCUCCGGAGCCCGCGUCCCCGGAGGCAGCCGCCAGCGCCGGCACAGAGAACAGCGACCUGCCAGCCCCUCCCCUGGGCCCCGACUACGUGUCCGAGGGAACCCCCGACGCCAGCCCGAGUUUCCAGAACAGCGUGGAGGAACCGAACCCGGAGGCCCCCCACGUGCUGGAGGUGUACCUGGAGGAGUACCCCCCCUACCCUCCGCCUCCGUACCCGUCGGGGGAGCCCGAGGGGCUGGGGGAGGACUCGGGGAGCAUGCGUCCGCCUGAGGUCACCGGGCAGGUGUCGCUGCCGCCGGGCAAAAGGACCAACCUACGUAAGACCGGCUCCGAGCGGAUCGCUCACGGAAUGAGGGUGAAGUUCAACCCCCUUGCCCUGCUCCUGGAUUCCUCUUUGGAGGGGGAAUUUGACCUUGUGCAGAGGAUCAUCUACGAGGUGGAGGACCCGAGCCUGCCCAACGACGAGGGCAUCACGGCGCUGCACAACGCGGUGUGCGCCGGCCACACCGAGAUCGUCAAGUUCCUGGUGCAGUUCGGGGUGAACGUCAACGCUGCCGACAGCGACGGGUGGACCCCCCUGCACUGCGCUGCCUCCUGCAACAACGUGCAGGUGUGCAAGUUCCUGGUGGAGUCGGGGGCCGCCGUGUUUGCCAUGACCUACAGCGACAUGCAGACGGCCGCGGACAAGUGCGAGGAGAUGGAGGAGGGCUACACGCAGUGCUCGCAGUUCCUGUACGGCGUCCAGGAGAAGAUGGGCAUCAUGAACAAGGGCGUCAUCUACGCGCUGUGGGACUACGAGCCUCAGCACGAGGACGAGCUGCCCCUGAGGGAGGGCGACUGCAUGACGGUGCUGCGGCGCGAGGACGAGGCCGAGGUGGAGUGGUGGUGGGCGCGCCUGGGCGACCGGGAGGGCUACGUGCCCCGCAACCUGCUGGGGCUGUACCCACGAAUUAAACCAAGACAGAGGAGCUUGGCCUGAACCCUGACUGAACGCAGUUAGUGAAGAAUUACUCCGUUAUCACUAGAAGCCGCGGGAGCGUUUGGGCGCACUCUCACAGACUUGUUCGGUGGCGCUGUGGCAGGAGAGCCGCGAGGACGUGCUCCGGGAGGAAUGAAGGAGGAGGACUCGCUGGGCGCAGGACAGCGGCCCCGGAAAUGGACCUCCCUGCGCCGGACAGGCGGCCUCUCUCCGCAGAAACGGCCACUUGUCAGGCUCCUGGGAGACCCUGUGCCAUGCGGGCCACCGGGGCCACCUCUGAUGGCCCAGCACCAGCGGCCUCUGCCCCGAUGAAGGCGUCGUCAGCGAAGAGCGGCUGGUAGCCAGCGAGCAGUGACUUCAUUGUUACACGUGCUUGUAGCAGUUUAAGAAUUACGCACAUACAGAUAAUUAGGUUUGGAAUCUCGUUUUUUAGGCCGCAUUUGGAUCCAUAUUUAUUGCCUUUUGUAUCUUGGAAAUUAGAGACUUGUUAUAAACUUACCCGUAACAUUUGUCACGAUCAUAGCCGACUUUGACAACAGUUGUAAUAAAAGCGAACUGUGGGACUU